AUGGCGCUCAAAGAUCGCCUAAAUGCUAUCACCAGGCCAAUCCAGAUGAUCUGGUUAUCUAUCCAGUUACACUACAAUGCUUUCAAAGAAGCCCUCCGCAACGAAGGCGUGUCCUCGCUUAUGAAUCCGCAACGGAUUCGAGAUGCUGCUACGUCAACUCUCUUUAUCACCCAUUCGCACGGUUUUAUCGCGUACGAAAACACCACUGUCGUCCCCUCCCUCGUCCACGCCGCUCAUGGUAAAAUUCUCGAACUCGGUCCCGGGCCAGGAAACCAAAUUCACCGCUUCGAUCCAUCGCAGGUAGACUUCAUAUAUGCGAUUGACCCCAAUCCUUGUUAUGGGGAUGAAAUCGCUGCAAGAGUUAAAAAGCUUGACCUUCAGGAUAAAUACAAACUUCUAGCGUGUGGCGUCGAGGACAGUGAUAUCCUAAUCCAGGAGGGUAUCACCGAGGGAAGCAUGGAUACUGUGCUUAGCAUUCAAGUAUUGUGUGCGGUCGGAGACGUGAAAAGCGUAAUGAAAGCGGUGUGGAAGCUGCUAAAACCUGGGGGCUAUUUUAUCUUUUGGGAGCACGAGAGGAAUAAGGAUGCUGGAACGGCACUAGCGCAAGCUUGCUUGAAUUCUGCAUGGAGCACAUUUCUCGGGUGUUCUUUGAAUCGGGAUAUCAAGGCGGAUAUCCUUGCUGCCGGGGAGUGGGAGAACCCGGGAGAUAUUGAGAUGGCCGAGGAGCCGUAUAGUUGCUUGCCGAGGAUCUGGGGCGUACUCAAGAAGAAAGCAUGA